CUCGGAUGCGCAAGCCGGGUUGCCAGUCCGGGUUGCCAGUGGGUGGUGUACAAAGGUACCAAAUUUGUGGCCGACGACGGCUUGCCCGCUGUUGUGGUCAUCAAGAGGUUCCACGAGAUCAUUAGCACGGAGCAGAGGGAGCGUAUGGUGGACGAUCUCAGCCGCAUGACCACCCUACAACACAAGAACGUCGUAAGCCUACUCGGAUACAGCUUCGGAAAUGGUUAUUUUCAUCUGGUGUACAGCUACAUGCCCAACCGCAGCUUGGACAAACGCCUCUUCCGCGAGCCCCGCGGGACAGGCUUGACCUGGCCGCUCCGCUACAGCAUGGUCAACGACGUCGCCCGGGCGCUCUACCACCUGCACGUCACCAACGUUCCCCACGGGUCGAUCAAGGCGUCGAACAUCUUGCUCGAGCAAGACUUCGCCGCCAGGCUCCACGGGCACUUUGGCUACCAACCCGACCAGAGCAACACGCCCCGCGGUUCACUGGAGGCGGACAUGCUGCAAUUCGGUGUGCUGAUAUUGCAGGUCGUAUGUGGGCCCCAGGGGCGGAGCCAGGCUAACACGGCGCCCUGGGCCUGCUUCAUCGCUACAGUGUUCAACUGGGUUCAACAGUCCAAAAUCGCUAUAGUCAACGAAGAAAUAAAUCUUCACGGCGGCCUGGGUCCUGCCUCCCACGGCCGGGGAUCACCGACUGAACUGGUGGACUGGGUUUGGACACUUCACGGGGAAAGUCGCUUCCUCGAGGCGGUCGACCCAGCUGCGCGGGGGGACGACUUCAACUCUGCUCAGGCGACCAAGCUUCUUCUCAUCGCCCUCUCGUGCACAUACCCGGACCCAGCGGCACGGCCGACUAUCUAUGAGGUGCGCAGGAUCUUAUCAGACGAAGAUCCACUGCCAGAUGUUCCUCCAUCAAAACCCACCUGAGACACCAUUC